AUGGCAUGUCGCCAUAUGGGAAAGUGCCAGUGGCUAUUAGAAGGUCACAAGAUAGAUCAUGUGAGAACACUCAGGGUAUGUAGGGUCGCGAGUGAACCAAUUGCAUUUGAUGUUGAUGAAUGGUGGCGUUUAGACACCUUAGGCAUCGCCCCAUCCGAGCAAUACACUGUCCGCGAAGCGGAAGCUAUGCGAAAGGUUUCGCAGAGUGUAACGAAGAAGCCUGAAGGAUAUCAGGUUAGCUUGCCGUUCCGUUCAGAAGGUAGGCCAGAAACCAACUUUAGAAAUGCUGUAGCACAGCUGGAUUCGUUGCAAACCAAAUUUCAGAAAGACAAGGAAUACUAUGAUCAAUAUCAGGGAGUGAUCGACAAAUACCUCGAGGCAGGAUUUAUAUAUGAAGUAAAAGAUCCAAAAAUAGAGGGAUACUACAUGCCGCAUUUCGGCAUUAAAAAGGAUAGCUGCACAACCCCCCUUAGAAUCGUAUUCAAUGCCUCAUCCAAAGCUAAGAAUAAUAAAUCAUUAAAUGAAUGCCUUUUACCUGGGCCUAAUUUGGUAGUUGGCCUAUAA